GAAAAACAUGGCGGCGCCCAGUGAGUCGUAAACAUUUGUUUUGGAAGGGAAAACACACUUUUACGAGCAUUAGAUAUGCUGCAGACCACCAAGUCAGCAGCGGAGGUUGCGUCCCGGCUGAGCGGGGUGUUCGCUGUGUACAAACCUCCCGGGCUCAACAGCAGCAAGAUGAUCGCUUCCAUCAAGGAAAACCUGGGGAAAGAGAUCACGGCCACGUUCCCCUGGGAGCCCCACAGACACGACUACAGACUGCUGCCCUCUCCUGACGACCCCACCCAGCUGACCAGAGUGGACAUCCCAUCACUCUUCAAACACCCACUAGUGAAAGGUCAUGAAAAAGUGCCCAUGUACUGUCAGUUUCCGCUGGACACCCUUUCUUCUGGUGUUGUGGUUUUAGGUAUCAGAGAUGGUAUAAAGAAGGUCCGUGCCAUGUUCGACGCUCACUACUCUAGGCAAUACAUAGUUGAGGGGAAGUUUGGCCUGGCUACAGACAACCAUGAUGCCUCAGGGAAGGUGGUGGAGAGAACUACAUAUGACCACAUCAGUGGAGAGAAGCUGGCCAGGGUCGUGUCCUUCCUACAGAGGAACCACCAGAACCUCACCACAGAGUAUGCAGGAGUGGACAUCCAGAGCCAGGAGGCGUACGAGCUAGCCUCCCAGGGCCUGCUGCGACCUCGGAUGACCUCCCCUCCCCUGGUGCUGGCCAUGAGAUGUCUGGAGUACAGGCCUCCAAACUUUACACUGGAGGUCCAGUGUGUCCACGAGACCCCCCAGUGGCUGAGAAAGCUGGUCCAUGACAUCGGUCUGGAGCUGAGGUCCACGGCAGUGUCUACCAAAGUCCGCCGGACGCGGGACGGGUACUUCACGUCAGACGACGCCCUUCUCAUCAAACACUGUAAAUAUGAGUUCGUCGCAGAAGCCAUCGAGAGAUCCAGACAUUUGGUGUCGUGGAAGAAGCUGAAACCUGGAAGCAACUUUGCCAGGAAGGACAGUGAACUGAAAAGUGAAGAACUUCAUGAAGAAGACAGAUAACAAGAAUUUAGAUGCGCUGUCAGAUACAAUUAUAUAUUACCAACUUGAAGGGAUAUAGAUGAAUAAAUGAAUAAAUACAUUUGUACCAAGGGAUAGAAAUGGAUACACAAUCUCUCGCUGUCAGCUCAUUGGGCCUCCUAGCUGCCUGCCCAGUGGAAGAGCUGCUAGAAGCAUGAUUUAGUCAGGCUAAAGAUGUGUUUAUCAUCAAACACUGCAAGUAUGAUUAUGUCGCCGAAGCCAUUGAGAGAUCCAGACAUUUGGUGUCGUGGAAGAAGCUGAAACCUGGGAGCAACUUUGCUAGAAAGGACAGUGAAAUUAGAAGUGAAGAAGAACUACAUGAAGAUGACAGAUGACAAACAAUGGAGAUGCAGUUGCUGUCAGAUAUCAUAUUACGAAGGGACAGAAUUUGCUUCACAAUUUCUUGCUGUCAAGGGGCUGACCGGGCCUCCUUUUAGGGUCCUGCCCAGUGGAAGGACUGCUAGAAGCAUGAUUUAGUCAGGCUAGAGAUGCACAUCUCAUCAAACACCGCAAAUAUAUGAGUUUGUGGCUGAAGCCAUCGAGAGAUCCAGACAUCUGGUGUCAUGGAAGAAACUGAAACCUGGGGACAACUUUGCCAGCAAGGACAAUGAAGUUAAAAGUGAAGAUGUACUGCCUGAAGAAGACAGAUGACAAACAAUGUAGAGAUACACAACCUCUUGCUGUCAGGUGGCUCAUUGGGCCUCCUUCUAGGGUCCUGCCCAGUGGAAGGACUGCUAGAAGCAUGAUUUAGUCAGGCUAGAGAUGCGUUUCUAAUAAAACACUGCAGAUACAAGUACAUUGCAGAAGCCAUCGAGAGAUCCAGACAUCUCGUGUCAUGGAAGAAGCUGAAACCUGGGGACAACUUUGCCAGGAAGGACAGUGAACUUAAAAGUGAAGAUGUACUGCAUGAAGAAGACAGAUGACAAACAAUGUAGAUACCAUAUUACCAAGGGAUAGAAUCAGAUACACAACCUCUUGCUGUCAGGCAUCUCAUUGGGCUUCCUUCUAGGAUCCUGCCCAGUGAAAGAGCUGCUAGAAGCUGAUUUAGUCAGGCUAGAGAUGCAUUCUCAUUAAGCACUGCAGAUAUGAGUACGUUGCUGAGGCCAUUGAGAGAUCCAGACAUCUAGUGGAUGAAGCUGAAACCUGGGGACAACUGUCUUUGCUAGGAAGGACAGUGAACUGAAAA